GACAAAGGGUAUAUAUAACAAUUGGUUGUUUUUCAAGACCGUUGGAUCUACUUUCCUAUGUAAGUCUGCGCUAGAACAAUCCAUCAUAUGGUCCAAUCACAAUUGUGAGAAUGUGGCGAUUUCUUUUGCUUCUUGUCUACAGCGUGACAAUCUAAUCAGUAUCUUAAGGACAACAUCCAUGCUGUCUUUUAGGAUGAUUACUGUUAGGAAUCUUAGAGCAAAAUAAACACAAGCAGUUCAAAUCCCGGAUAUAGUGAGUUCACAUCCCGAUCUGCCUUAGUACACCAACUAUAUCCUUGAAGCCUCCCAACUGAUUUAAGAUUAUACCCAACGUUUAGGCCUAAUGGGAAUGUUCUAAAAAAAUGUGUAAUUUGCAUAUUUUAUUUUUUGGUAGGGUUUUCCUAUUUUGCUUUGUCUCUAAUUAUUUGGCAGUUAUUUUAACGACGCAUUUCCCGUGUCGCACAAAGAAAAAGUUACUACUAGUACUUCAAAUCAUUUAAGUCAACGAUUGCCAUACACUAGCAUAAAAUUCAAAACGUUAUGUGACUACAACUUAUAAACACCUGGUAUUAUUACAAAUCAGCAGUUGAAAUCCGAUAAGAAAAUAAAUAACAAUAAUAAAAAAAAAAGUCAUCAACCCUGUUCGUCCCCCACUGUAGCGUGACGUCACAUCCUAUCCGCAUGCGAGUGUCAAUAGGAUUCCGCCAUAACGUAGGCAGGUGCUGACUCGUGCCCUACUACUGACCGAUUCGCAAUGAAAGCAAAGGUGAGACAUUCCCAGAGAGCUAAAAAAAGUGACCCAUUAAUCAGGACACGUGGAAAUGUGCCAACACUGAGAUCUGCCAAAGUUCGUAGACUUUUUAAAGUCAGGCAUGUAAAACCUUCGCGUGCUAGGACAUCAGAAAAUAAGACAAAUCCAACAGGAACAUCAUUGGAGGAGCAGGCACUCUCACAACGAAGACGCCUACAGGCAACAGCAGCAGGACCAGCACAGAGGAGGAGACGCCGUUUUUGCAAGAAACCGACUGCUACAGCAGGGUUCCUCAAAGCUGAUCAGAAGCAAAGUAGUAGAGAAGCUGGGGCACACUCUCUAGCAACCACAAGUGAAGGACAUGUUCUUGCUGUUGGUGAAAGUGACCAUCAGACUGAAGACCCCAAAGUGUCUAAAGCUUUAAAGCAGCUAAAAAUCGAUUUAGUUGAAAGUCAGUACACAACUUAUGUUGAUCCAUCACUGACAGGCAGAUCAAGAAGAAGUUUAACACAAGCAGGUCCCACUACAGAUAGUAGGCAGGCUUUUCUAACACAAAACAAAUGGGUGUCAAAACUGAAACGUACUGUGAAAGAGGGAUUACCUUUGUCCAAUGUAUUAUCUGAAAAGGACAAUAUGUUGGACCUAAAACUGAUGCCUGCAGAAACUGGUGUUAAAAAACAGACUGAUCCUGUAGAUGAUACUAAGAGAGAGGUCACCAACGCAGAGAGUACUGAAGAUUCAACUAUAAAAAAUCACUGUGCACCUAAGGAUGAUGUGCCUGUAAUUAAAACAGAUCAACCUGUAGGAGAAAAGAGAAAAGUCUCCACUCCUACAGUUGAAAGCAAGCUAGAUGCAAAAAUGGAACAAGAAUCAUUGGGCUUUCUCUCAGGAGGCAUUGCAAGACCAUCUUCAGCUCCUUUACGGAGCAGCAGCUUGGAAUCCCCAAGGGAGCACAGAAGGGACAAGCCGUUUGGCACACUAAUGAAAAGUUCCUCACUGGGUGACUUACACCUGGGGUCUAGGUCAGAUUCUUUCCUGGAUCAUUUUUCCAAACCUAAUGAUCAAGAGGACAUACACAGUUUUCAGAUGGAAACUGAUCAAGAACCAUCAAACACAGUCAUGGAUGAGGGCAACAAUCACAUAUCUUCAAGUGCAUUGGAGGUACUGGAUUCAUCGUCAUCAUCACUAUGCACGACGAGCUUCUAUGGCUCUGGCAAGCAGGCACUACCUGGGAAGCAUGUCUGAGAUAGGUAGUCGAAGGAAAAUCAAAAGGACGCGAAUGCUGUUAAGACUUCGAGACAGCUCAACAAAGCUUAUGCCUGAAAUUUUACCAGGCUCCACCAGGGUUUCAAGGAGAUCUGGUUCUACAAGGAACAAGGACAGUGGGAGUGCUUCAAAUAGCAGGAACAGCAGUCCUAGUGUGGUGCCAAGGAGGAGAAGAAAGAGAAAAGUAAAAGUUGUAGCUGUUCAGGGAAACAUGGAUGUGGACAAAUCAUCCACACCCUGCCAGAUAGAGACAGAAGCUAGGGAGGCUGCAGGCUUGGAGAAUAAUGUUAUCCAGGUAAAUGAGGGAGAGCAGAGCUGUAGGGAGCAGCAUUCAUGCAGUGAAUUUAUUGCGGUGUCUCAGCAAGAAGUGCUUGAUGAGAAUCUUGUUACUGGAAGCACUUCUAGAGUUCCAAAGGUACGAAAAAGAAGGCGGCGACGGCGGCGGAACCAUCUGUACUUUACAAUGAUUAAGAGACGUCGUAGUGUUAUUUUGGCUUCACAAUUGUCACGAAAAAUGAAUGAAAAUAUAAACUCUGUCAGUGCUGGGACUAAUAUUCACAAAAAUGAGACAGAUUUGAAUAUUUCAACAGCAUUUGAUCAUUCGCAGAAUAUUUCACUUGAAGCUCCAGGAUUAGUCCCAGAGAGAACUUUUCUGUUGAGCGAUGAAAAUUCGUUUUCUGUUAAAGAAAGUGAAAAUGUGGCUGGUCUUGGUCAGACUUUAACCUCGUUGAGUUCUUCUAGUUCACAGCUACUUCAUAAAGAUGGUGAUACUUUCAGUUUAAUGCGGGUAACAAAAGAUGCUGAUGAUGCAUCAGUGAAAGAAACUAGUCAAAAUGGAGUUUUCUCUAGUGCUGCAUUAUCAAGUCAGCUUUCAACUUCUGAACCAAAUUUACCACAGAGGAAAAGACGUCCUGGCCGUCCUCGUAAGCAACAUUUAUCAGAAUCAAAUGUUAUGAGUGUUCCUUCACAAAACAUAGUGCGUGGUCGUGGGAAAAGACUGUUAAAAAAGACUGACUUUUUCAUUGCUAAAAUUUCUUCUGAGAGACCUGGGAAACGAAAAAAAGUCAUGCAGCAACAUGCAUGUUUUCAGCCCAGUGACACUGUGGUAAAAUGUGUGGGGACUGAUGCAAAUACAGUAGUAAAACGCCGCCCUGGGCGGCCAAGAAAACGAUUUAAGGUCUCCGAGAACUCACAGUCUGAACACAUGCUUGUGGAAAAUGCUUCUUCAGAAAGCGUCAUAGCUUUUAACAACCUUACAUCAUCCCAACAAAAUGUGCAACCAACAUCAGUAAUGAAGGUUUCUGCCAAACAAGAAAAGACAUGUUUACCCCAGCAACAUUCAGAUUUUUUAUCCUCACAAGAUGACGUUAAGCACUUUUUGAACUUUCAUGGGGACUCUAUGCAGACUCUAGGUCCAGAAAACAGUGAUGACCCACAACUAUCUGGAAGAUGGCAAUCUGAUUUUUCUCACAGUUCAGGCCAAGGUGCUCCGGUUAAGAAAAUCAGAAAAGUAAAUAGACGGAAAUUGAGAAAGAGCCGAUGGGCUAGGGGUAUUAUGCCCAAGAAUCCUUUAAAAACUGUGGGCAAGGAAUCACGUGUUGCCAAAACUAGUGUUCUUUCAGAGGGCAGCCAGAUGCCUUCAAGUGAGGUCACAUCAUUGCUUCCAAAAUCUGGAGAAAAUAUUUAUUUUGAACAAGAUAUGAUGGAAUCAGCUCAAAGCUCUGAGGUUUUGGGCAGCACAUCAAAGACAAAGACACAAAUGUUUCCAAGAAAUAGAGUGAAGGCCAAAUCUAUACCAAGAGAAUUAAAGAGACUACAAGAUGACGACGGGACAAAGAAAGUUUUGGGGCGACAUUUCCGAAGGAAAAUUAAGUCCCUCUCCAGAAAGGGUCUCUUGCUGCGUUCAAAGGCAAAGUCUGAAGGUGAUGUAUGCAGUUCACAUUCAUUGGACACUGAUUAUGUUGAUUUAAAAGAUGGCAGGAAGAAGAAGCAAAAACUAAGCAGCAAGCUGUAUAGCAUAGACACUAUUUCUGAGACCAAAAUGGUAUUUAAGACAGGUUUGAAGAGCCGUUCUUCAGCAGUAGAUGAAGCCAAAAGUUCUUGUCCUCAUCUUUCAUCUUCUCAUCAAGAAGACCCAGUCAGUCCAUUUAUUCUUGGUACAGCCACCAUAACUCCAGCAACAGAAAACAAGAUACUGUCAUAUCAGAAUUCAGACAAUGUUACUGACAGCAUUCAAGAAUCAUUAGAGAUUCCCAAUGAGUCGAUAAAUAGUUUUGUAGAUGUAACGUAUGCAUCAAGAGAAUACUUUCUGGAUGGCAGCACAAGAAUCUGCUUUCCAGCUGAUCAACUUUCUACUAUGCAUAUUGACAUCACUGAAGACCAGCCUCCACCAAAUAUUACAGAAACAAAUUUUGCAGCUGUCAUCCACUCAGAAGACCUUUCACCCCCACCACUUAUACGGCCUGAAGAUCUUUUUUCUGGUGAGUAUUAUGCCACUGCCAGUUCUUCUAAAGGAUCCUCACCUACAAAAUCAUUAGCAACAGAAGAUGCCAGUAGUUUUUGCAAUGACAGCAGCUGCCUACAGCAAAAUGAUGAUGGUUUUUCACAAAGUCAGGAUAUCAUACCAUCCGCAAUGGAUCUUCUGCCAGAAGCAUCGGGAAUGGGGAAACGAAGAGGGCGGCCUCCAAGGCAUUUGAAAGGAAAAGGCACAGUUGGUCGAAAAAUGGGCCCUGCAUCAAAAACUGGUCGAGCACCUAACAUCAGAGCAGGCCCUGCAAGCUCCAAGCAUAGAAGAAAAUCGUCCAGCAUUCACUUUGUAAGAUACAAUCUUUCUUCACCCCAGACAUACUUGACUCCUACUGAACCACGUAAGUUUGCCCUUCGUCCAAAGACCACACGCUCCCCCAUUGAAAUAAUUGCCAUGCGUCAGAAGCAAGAGGAAGAUGAAUAUGAUUUGGAGGAAGCUACCAGGCUUGCACGGAGGCUAAAACGACAAAAGGCCCAUGAUGCUAAGCAUGCACCUUCUGUUUCGGUGAAUCCAUCCUCCUGUCAAGCAUCAGAAUUAGAAGUUAGGAAGUGUUCUGUUGUUCUUGUAGAUUUUGUCAAGAAGCUUCAGUUAGACACUCUUGAAUAUGCUGAGCAAAGUAUUUUAGAUGUGUCAUAUGGUAGUCCAGAUAGCAAAGGUGAAGAUGAUGUGCAAGAUGAUCCCCAAAAGGCAAACAUCAGCUCAUCCAAGACAUUCAAGUCUUGUACUCUGGAGACUGAAGAAUGGUCAAGAAACAAAAGCACAAAAGCAGAAUCCUCCCAGCAGCAUACAUCUGUCAUCAAGAAGCAGCUGCUUGAUUUAGAGAGUUUAAAAAAUAAAAGCUUCAUCGGCAACUUUUUGGACUUUCUGGAAAACACAGAGAAGGAAGUAGAAACAGCAGUGUUAAAGUCAUCCCAUGUAAAGAAAUGCUCAUGGCACAAGGAGGAAAAUUUGUUACUUCCCUCUGUAACAGUGUGUCAUUCACCAGCACAAACUGUAGCAUUGGAGCCACUGGAGUCUGAUCCUUCAAGACAUUUGACUGAAUCUGAUAUACUUAGAGCAGGAGAAGCUGUCCUGAAUGGCGCCUACAAAACUGAACAGUCGGACACUCAGGUCAGCCAUUUGGAGAGAGAUAUGUCCAGUAUAAGACCAUCUCAGUUGGUAAUAGAUGUAAGCCCUUCCAAAUUUGAAGAGAUGCCCUCUGUAGUUAGCCCUAAUAAAGCAGUGCCUCAGAAGCGGUUGAAGAUCUUUCCAGCCUCAGACAGGAAUGUCUUAGCCAAAUUCAUCUGCAACCAGUGUGAUUUUACCUCAAGUAAUAAGCAGACAAUGGAGUCACAUGUUUAUCGCCACAUCCCAGGAGUUGCUUUCUAUUGUGGAUACUGCUCUUCUGAGUUCAGUGCAAUGGCCAGUGUCCUGGCCCAUGUAAAGAGCAGUCACACAGGCAAAGAAGCAAAAGUGUUGAUUAGUAAGGAUAUCAGUGAGACUAGCUUGUAUAGGGUUGAGGAGUCGGUUGCAACAGAAUCUGCUGGGAUUGUUCAGCAAAAAUCUUGUCUUCCCAAGGCAGCUGCAAUUGCCUCUCAGAUCUGUGAAACCCCUUCUAUCCAAGAGACUCAGCCUCUUAUCAUUUCUUUGGUUGUAAGUGGUGACAUGGCAGUGCAGAGACAGGAUCGGUAUAGUGGAGCAUCAAUGAGUUCCAUUCGAGGAAGGUUUGUCUGCACGCAUUGUGGCUAUUCCACAAACGUGAGAGAAGACAUUGAGCAACAUGUUGAGGAUCUACACAGUGACAUUCAGUUGUAUGCUUGCUAUCUCUGCGACAAAGCUUUCGGUGAAAGCUACAGUGAUAUUUGCACACAUUGCUCCACUGUCCACCCCAACCGCCCAAAUUCGUUCAAGAAGCUGCCCAACUUUUAUGACCAGGGACUGAUUGCUAAUUGCCACAGUCCAUCUGAUAAAGCAAAGACUGAGGACAGGGGCAACAUAUUUGACCGUAUGAGCAGUCUUUUCCAAGCCACCACUUCUGAGAAAGGGGAAGAUGGCCUCACCUCUCUUCAUACUCGCUGUCAAAGGGCAAGAGAGUACCAGCAAGUGGUGGAGGGCUGGAGGGGCAAGACAAGUGCAGAGGCUGACAGUACCACUAUUGGUGAUGUGGAGCCUAUUCCAGAGGAUGUGGGCAGUGUGGAAGAACAGUCACUUCUAACAGAGUCAGCUAACAGUCCAGAAUUUAUUGCAGCUGAUGAUCUUCCUUCCAAAGAUAAAGACAUGGAGACAAAAACAAACGAGAUUGAACCAUGUUCAUCAACUAAUGUUAAGGAUUGUGUUAACACUGGCAUGGACUUGGUUGAGAAAAGCUUCAAUGUUCAGAGCAUUGAAAACAGUGCUCAGGUAAAUCAAGAAAACAGUGACAUCACAUUCCUGAAAGACAGCGUAACUGAUGAUCAGAAAAGAGAAGAAGUCAAAGAAAAUUAUAUGGAUAGCAAAGACAACAGGAUUUGCGAAGAUGUACAUAUGAAGGACUUGCAAGAACCAAAGGUGGGCAGUGACUUGACACCCAGUCAGAACUGUUUGCCCUUAAGCAGCUCUGUGCAUCUGCUUGGAAGUGAACAUUCACAAUCUAUGGUCUCUCCACACAGCAGUCUACCUGAUCAAAUAGACUUCUCUAUCCCUCUUGUGAGUGUGAAAGAUAAAGGUGACUGUUUACUGGUGCGAAGUGAGCCAGAUACAGGCACCGAGUUAAUGGAAUGUGAUGCCACUCUUCGUACAAGUGCACUAGAGGCAGUGACUGACGGGAUGCAAGACAGUGAAAAUAUGCAUUGCUCUCUGACAUCUCCAUCAGAAAGUACUACCAUUGUAGAUACAGAUAAAUUGGAGAUCACUGGAGUCGAGAGAAACAGCAUAUUUCCUAAAGGGGACAUGUCUGAUGCAAAUUCUAUGAAAAAAGGAUCUGUUGAUGAAAGUGUAGUUCCUAAUGCUGACAUAGCUCAUAUUUUGGAUGACUUGGUAAAUAAAGUAGUGGCAUUGGCUUCAGGUAUCAACGUUGUAGAUACUCUAUUGGUGAAGGAAACAAAAUCUGUGGAAUCACUUGGGGGCUACAUAUCCCCUUCUGGAGUGAGAGAUACAGGUGUGGAUACAUUGAACGCUUCAGAUGUUAACAUGUGUUUAGUGAGCAAAGAGCAGACCAUGGCGGUAACAACAGAGGCAGAAGAUGCAGCUGAAGGUCAGUGUGUGAAGGAAGUAUUGCUUUCUGAAGGACUGACUGCCGGUGGUGAUGUUGCAGUUGUUUUUCCUCAAGCCACAGCAUCAGAAGAUGCAGGGUUGCCUCAAAGAAGAGGAGAGCUGCUGGUUGCACAGUCUAGAAAUGAUGCAGGGAGAUCCAAGGCUGGCGAGGACACAGAUGCAGGCGAUGUGGAAGAUGAUGGAGAUAUUCUGGUCAUCGAGCUUGAUGGGGAAAUUGGGGAUAAUGACAGAAGCUCCAUCACCUCUAAAAAUGAAGAAGCCCGUGCUGUGGAUGAUGCUGGGAGGAAGGCUGGUGAGUUGUCUAAAGGAGAGUCCAAGUCAGAUGUAUCAUCCUGCAGCAUAGAUGACAGUAGCAUUGGAAUCAAAAUUGUUGAAGUUGUUAGCCUCCAUGACAAUCCAGAUUUCCAUGGCAUAAGUGCUUCACCUGUGAAAUCUUCCAAAACUGUACAGCAGUCCUCAAUUCAGUCAGUGGAAGGGUCACCCUGUGACAAGUCACCUGCACCACUGCUGACGAGUCCCAACCAUUCCACUCCAUCAGUUUCCCCUGCAAGAAAGAUCUCAACCCCAGCUAGCAGUCUUCCUGAGGUGGAUGCCGACGAAAUAGCUUUGAGAAACGAGAGGAUGGUGUGCACUUACAAGUGUCACAAGUGCAACGUUCACUCUCCCGCUCUUCCACCGAUUGUAGAGCAUUUGAAACAUUAUCACAGUGACGUUCCCUUGUUUUCCUGCCCCUACUGUAAAGGGUUCAGGGGCAACUUCUACACUGAGGAUGAUGUGCACAUGCAUGUGAAGGAAAAGCACCCAGCCAACUAUGCCAAAAAUGAAGUGUCUUUGUCAGAGCUGGCAAAAUCUUUUGUGCAAGUGCUUGCUAUUCCAUCAGGUAGGAACUCAGGGGGUGGGCACAUUGAACAAGACGUUUACAUGUGCCUGAAAUGUAAAGGACAUCUUCCAGAUUUGGACUAUGCCUUUAAGCACUUGCAGGAAGAGCACAAAGAGCUUAUCAAAUACACAUGUCCAUUUUGCAAGACAUUCCGUGACCUCUCACAAGAUGUGGUCCUGAGCCAUAUGCAGUUAGAUCACCAGCAUUCACCAAGUGAUGCUCAGGUGCCACUGGCUGUGGAAGACAAUCUUUUUAUUAAAGUCAGCUCCAUAUCCACAGGUGGUGUCUAUAUCGACAAUAAGGCCAUGGAAGUAUCUCCAGCGGCAGAAGAUAGUCCAUCAGGCAGGUCAGCUGGAAGUUCCACCCCUGUUGAACCUGUGCCGAAGAACACGCCUCUGAGUGUGUCUCCCAGCAAGGUUCCAGUGGUUGGAAAAGCAACAUCCGCUGAGCCUUCCAUGUCCCAGCAAUCAGUGGCUCUUGUUAGCUCAGCCCCUCUUGUUCCUGGGUUAGGCACCAGCUGUAUGACUACAGUUCCCAUCGGAAUAGACCCUACAGCUCUUGUGUCUGUACCAGGAAGCCAGUUUGCACCCCUAGGAAUACUCCAGGUCAGCCCAUAUUUAUUUGUUCCUGCCCCUGCACACUUAGCAGGUAUGCCAGUCAGUGUGGAAGGUAUAGUGAGCCCAGCUCAUCAUGGAGCAAUGGCAAUUGCAGCAGGGGCUGUCUCAUUGCAUCAUCCUUCUCCCAUAACAGUGGGCUCAACACAUCGCCCCAUUCUUCCCGCCCCUGCAGUAAGACCUUCAGAACAACAGCCAGAAUCUGCCUUAGGUGGAGACCUUGUUGGUCCCAACGUUCUGUACCCUAGUCGUCUGACAGUGAAGAAGAUCCUCGAUCAAAAGAAGAAAAAGCAAGAAUGGUCGCAGGUUUCUCUAGCAGGUGACGCCAGCGCGCCAGCCAAAGGACUUCCUGUGAAUCAGCAGCUGAGCGGCAAAGGGGGCACUCACAGCCCUAGUGCCACGCAGGGACUAACAAGUCCCAGGCCCUUUGGGGGAGGGGUUGCUCGACAGGGGGCCGUUUGGAGCCCUGCUUCUGACUCACCAGCUCCUGGAACGCCCAUACUAGCGAGUGAUGUGACGGACAGCCCUGGACAUCCACGUAGCCACCGUGCCGUUAGUCCUAGUUCACAGACUUCCUCAGUUACCCUGUCUCCCACCCCUGCAGCCAGUGUGGCCGCUUCUCAGCAACAGGCCCGUUCUGCGGGUGCCAGAUGUUUUGAAUCUGAGCCUGACCUCCCGCUCAAGCAGCGCCACUUUAUCACAAGAUGCUGGAGGGGUAGCAGCAGCAGCAGCAGGGGGGAAAGAUUUUCGCCAAACAACCUAGGCAUCCCGGCUUCUCGUGCUAGCCCUCUUCAGGGGCAAAGGUCAGCUACUGCCACUCCUGUAACCUGCGGGGACAUGGAAGUGGAAAAUCCCGACGCCUACAAGAUAUUUAAUCUCAAGCCUCGCGCCCUGUCCUCGCCAGCCCCUGCUCCCAGGAUGACAACCAUGCUUUCCACAGCUUCCAACAUUCCGGUUUUACCCAGGCCGCCCAGCGUGGGUUUGGAUUCGCAGCGUUUGCUGCACCCUAGCGUCUUGGGGGCCAGUGCCGUGCCCAUGGCGUCCUCAGCCCUCUUCCCACAACAGUUUCGGCUGCAGCAGCUACCGCCUGCGACCAUCAGCAGCAGUCAGCCUGGCUUGACCAUUGGGCAGGGUUCACUGCUCAUUACGGCAGCCCAGGGCGCAAUGCUAGUUCCGGCCCUGGUACAGCCAGCGCACGACCAUACUCAGCUACAGGCUGCCAGCAACCUGGGCAAGGCUCCAGCCGCUCACCAGCAGAAACCCAGCACGCUAAGCACAGCUCAGGCGGCCACGAUGCAGCAGUUAAUAUUUUCUCAGUCGUUGUCCCUCGGACAAAAUACUUCCCCCGUCAUCUCUCACUCUUCUUCUUCCACUUCCGCUACCUUUCAGAGACCGUACAUAUCGAGAGCUGGUACCGCUGUUGGCAGAGGUCGGCCACGCCUAAAUCGUCCUCUAGAGCCGCUACUCUUGCGACAGCACUCCCCAGUGCUUCCGGCGCCGCAGCAGCAGCAGCAGCGGUACGGCAGCCCCGGCACGGUGCCAUCGCCACCCCGAGCUCACCAACGGCAAGGCGACGACCCAGCAGUGUCUGUGCCCCUACUGCCCGCAUCAGGUUGUUUUGAAACCCUGGGAAGUGUCACAACACAUUCAUGUCCAUCAUCCUGGAAAAGACGUAGUCUACAAACGUCUUGAUAAAGGCACAGCUAAAUAGAAACGAAAACCAGACCUUUUUUUUUUGUGCACAGUAAAAGUAACUUAUAAAUAAAAACAAAUUCAUAUUUUGCUUAAAUAUUCACCGGGAUUUGUAUCAAAAGUUUGUCUGAAGUCACAGACUUGAAGCCCUCCCCAGCCUCCUCCUACAACUUUUGAUUGUGCAUCACAGUAGAUGCUUGUCUGUAUAUUUUUGCCGAGCCCAUCGUGAUGAAAACAACUGAUCUUCAGAUUUUUUAUAUGACUUAUAUUUGAAUUUGGCGAUAUUUGUAAUCAUUACACAUUCAAGAAUUAAGGGUUGUGGUGGGGGGGGGAAACCGGGUGGGAGAACUUGUCAUUUUGACAGAGGCCUGACCAGGACACGGGUCCUGGUAACAUGUCUGAUGCAGGUUUACGAUGUCCCAGGAAAGACGGGUAGUUUGCAGAAUGUCCUGGCGACAGACUUUCCAAGUAAAUCGUAGCGAGUCGUCGUCGUCGUCGCUGCCGACGCCAUGCGGAAAAGUCCACGUUGGCAACUACACAGCAGGAUUCUUAACACGAAUCAAGGAGGAAAGAGGUGCAGCGAGGAUAUCUGUAUACAAACAAGCAUCCUGUCAUCUAGGCUGCUGAGAUAAGUGUGGGUAGGAAUAGACCUGUACCCGCCUCCCCUCAUCCUGUCUCUGCCAACCCUACUUUUUUGUUUCUUUUUUUUUUUUAAACUUCACCUAAUGACUGCAGAAAUAGUAGCUAAUGAACAUGGGAUCUUGCCCAGCUAAUGGGAAAAUUUGAUGGGCUGAGCAUCCGACAUCUUCGUCUAGCUUCUAUACAGCCGCGUCAGAAGGCGUUGAUCUUUAUUCUUUUUGUUUUUGUUUGGAUUUGAUUUUUUUUUUUUUUUUUCAUUUUUUUUUUUUUUUAAAUCCAGCCGUGCAAGCAGAGAAAAGAAGGACUCUGUUUUAGGAAUUGAAAUACUGGAUUCCACUCCAUUGGCUGUUUUGUUACGAGUGUAGUUAAUCCUGCUGGCAUAGAACUUUGUUUGCUGGCAUUGUGCAUUCUUUUUUCCUUCUAUUUUUUAAUCGUCUACUUCCAGAUAAAGACAAAAAUAGCGGGUAUCUGUUCAUGUCGUUAUCAUUUUUAUUUAUUGUUUCAAAAUAGUCACCUUUUCGGGUUCGUAUUUUUGCGUGCGUGCACAAUAAGUGAGAUAUUUGUGGGAGGAGAAAAGGAAAAAAAAAACUGUUCACGGACUCCAAAAAGGAAAAAAAGAACAAACAAAAAAAUAUGUUGAGUAUUGUUAUUUAUUGCAGUAUGAAUGGAUUACGCGGCAUUGCCGCAAAAUGUGUCAUGUUAGUCCUUCCUUAUUAUGUUAAUGUCGUUUACGCAAAAGAAACAAAAAAUUCCUUUUUGCCUUCUUUCAUCACUUAUUUUUCACGAAUAUUUGUUUUCUUUGAGCCUCGUCAAAAGUUGCAACGGCAUCUUGAUUGGGAAAUGAUGCUUUGAAUAUAGAAGACAGGAUACUUUGUAAGAUAUUUUUGUUUUUGUCGUUGUGGCGGGUGUCUUUGUGACCCCGUUUCUCGACCAUAACCAGAGGAGGUGGUAUAUGCGACCUUUCCUCCUUGGGAGGCCUGUCAGACGACUUGUUUACCUGGGACUUAAAAAAAAAAUGUAAAAUUAAAAAUGGAAGUAGACGAAAACCGGGGAAACGUUUUUCCAACCACUGUCAGGUCAUGCUCAUGUAUUUUCCGUCAGCUGGACAAAGAAGUGGUGCACACGAUAUAAAAGGUCAAGGUACCAGAGGAAAUGAACUUCUGGCAACACUGCUACAUGUUCCUGUGGCAACAGCUAACCACACCAUCGCUUGACCAGCAGCCAGGAGGCAAAUGCAUGCAGCAUCACGUGGUCUCCACGGGACAAGAGAUAUUUGCUUUGUUUUUGUUUGAAACAUUCUGAGGUUACGUGUUUGGCGAUGACCCACCCGGUCAUCCGUGGUUGUUAUUGAUGUUCCUGUGGCCAUCUUGACGUGUCGUCGCAUCACGCCAUCGGCUGCGCCAACUUCCAGCACAACCUUUCACCUCGUCCUCUGGACAUUGAAGACAACGUCGUUGAUAUUUGAAUCAUGUGUACAUAGGACGGCAUCUUGUUUUAUUUAUUGUUUUGUGGGAGGGUGGUGUUUAGUUCUUCAUAUAGUUGCAGUGUUAUGUUAUUUUGGUUUCUGUUUUUCAUGUUCCUCUCUUUUUCUUCCUUCAUUCGCUUCCUGAAUGUUUUGAAACGUUGCCUUACCAUGUACAUAUUUAUUCACGAAAGCUUGUUGGCAACCUGUGGGUUGGAGAAAUGUAAGGAAAAACCUAACAGGAAUUAAAAAAAACAUUAUCAAGUA